AUGGGCCAGUCGCCGUCAACCCCCGCUCCCUCGCCGGAGAUAAACCGCCGUCGCGAUGUUUCCAACAUAAACCGAUUCGGUUACGGUUGCGGUGAUUCCUCCGAUGAGUUCGAUGGAGGUUCACGCCGUGACUAUACGGAUGAGAUUCCUGAUGAGUGUUUGGCUGGGAUUUUCCAGUUUUUGGAUGCCGGAGAUCGGAAAAGCUGCUCCGUUGUUUCACGUCGGUGGUUACGCGUGGAAGGUGAGAGUCGGCAGCGGCUUUCCCUAAACGCGGAGGCGAAACUGUUGGAUUUCGUUCUUUCGCUGUUCGCUCGUUUUGAUUCGGUGUCGAAGCUAGCUUUACGAUGCAACCGGAAAUCGAUAAGCGUGAAUGAUGAUGCAAUGAUUCUGAUCUCGCUUCGUUGUAAGAAUCUCACGCGCUUGAAGUUGCGCGGGUGUAAGGAGAUUACCGAGAUCGGGAUGUUGGGGCUUGCGAGAAAUUGUAAGAAUUUGAAGAAGCUUUCGAUUGUUUCGUGUUUGUUUGGUGUUAAGGGUGUUCAUGCUGUUGUGUAUAAUAGUGAUGUUAUUGAGGAGCUUUCUGUUAAGAGGCUCCGAGGCGAUAACGAUAACGUUAACGUUAACGAUGCUGAAUCUGAAUCGGUUUAUGGGAAUGGUAAUGGUGGUUCUUCGUUGAAAUCGAUUUGUUUGAAGGAGCUUGGUAGUGGGCAGAGUUUUAUGCCGUUGAUUGUUGGCUCGAAGAAGCUUCAAACUCUGAAGCUGAUUGGGUGUGUGGGGAAUUGGGAUUCCACACUUGUAACGGUGGGGAAAUUGAAUACUUUGGUUGAGAUUCAUCUUGAGAAGGUUCAGGUAAGUGAUGUGGGUCUUGUUGGGGUUUCCAAGUGUUUGAAGUUGGAGACUUUGCAUCUUGUAAAAACGCCCGAGUGUUCAGAUGCUGGGCUUGUUGCUGUGGCUGAGCGUUGCAAGAUGUUGAAAAAGCUUCAUAUUGAUGGGUGGAGGACGAACAGAAUUGGGGAUGAUGGUUUGAUUUCAGUUGCGAAAAACUGUCCUAAUUUGCAAGAGCUUGUGUUGAUUGCUAUGUAUCCUACGUCGUUGAGUUUGGCUGAGAUUGCUUCGAGUUGUCAGGGUUUGGAAAGGUUUGCUCUUUGUGGAAUUGGUACCGUUACUGAUGCGGAUAUCAAGUGUGUUGCUGCAAAGUGUGCGGCACUUAAGAAAUUGUGCAUUAAGGGUUGUCCUGUGUCGAAUGUUGGCAUUGCAGCAUUUGCUUCUGGAUGUCCUAAUUUGGUUAAACUCAAGGUGAGAAAGUGUGUGAAAGUUACAGGUGAAGUUGCGGGGUGGCUGCGUGUAAGGAGGAGUUCGUUGGCGUUUAAUUUUGAUCACAAUCAAGUUGAAGGAUUGGAUGGAAGUGGUAGUGAUGUCGGCGUUCAAGAAACUACACUGGCUUUUCCACCAAUUGACAAUGAAGUAAACGUUAUUGAUGAUUCUCCUUCAACCAGCCAUAACAACGACAACCGAUGGUCGAUUUUCAGGUCCAAGUUUAAUUUUGUGCCCUGUGCUUUCAGAAGGUGGACAAACAUUGAUACUAUCUCUAGUAACAGCUUUUCUUAA